UAACUUGGGAGUUUGGAAUGAGCUUUCUCCCCGGGAACUUCUCGUGGCGCGGCCGCGGACUCGAUGCGCGGUAAAGCCGCGCACGGACGCCCCUUGGGUUUAUCGGAUUAACGUGUUUGUUCCGCCGCGCCAGGAAGCCAAGAGUUAAAGCCCGGGCGCGCUCUCUAUCAUCUCAGCAAAAAAUUAACUUCGGGGACUGGCGUAGAAACAAGUUUCCCGCGGGGUCCUCAGCCCGUAUCCGUUUAUGUUGGUCCCCAGAGAGCGGCUCGCUGAAGAGUUACGCUCGCCUCGCCGUUCUGUAAAAACUCCGCGGAGGUCCCUCACUCAAAAGGCUUGUUGUGAUGCGUAUCCCCGUAGAUACCAGCACCAGCCGCCGCUUCACGCCGCCCUCCACCACGCUGAGCCCGGGGAAGAUGAGCAGCGAGCCGCUGGCGCUGCCCGGCGCCGAGCACGGCGGGGCUUUGCCGGGGAAGCUGCGCAGCGCCGACCGCAGCAUGGUGGAGGUCCUGGCCGACCACCCCGGGGAGCUGGUGCGCACCGACAGCCCCAACUUCCUCUGCUCCGUGCUGCCCACCCACUGGCGCUGCAACAAGACGCUGCCCAUCGCCUUCAAGGUGGUGGCCCUGGGGGACGUUCCUGAUGGGACUCUGGUGACGGUGAUGGCGGGGAACGACGAGAACUACUCAGCCGAGCUGCGGAACGCCACGGCCGCCAUGAAGAACCAGGUGGCGCGGUUCAACGACCUGCGCUUCGUGGGCCGCAGCGGCAGAG